UUCUACUAGAUCUACAUUUGCUCCAUUUUCCACAAUUUUCCCAUAUAAUUUUCUUGGCUUCCAAACAAAAACCCCGUUUGAACCAUUAGACCUAAAUCCCAUCUCAGCCAUCCUUAACAACUACAUUUCACUUUUUGGGUACAUUUUAUUUUCUUCAAAUGGAUCGCGUAGCAAAGUUGGCGUCACAAAAGGCAGUGGUGAUUUUCAGCAAGAGCUCAUGCUGCAUGUCCCAUGCAAUCAAGAGACUGUUCUAUGAACAAGGGGUGAGCCCUGCAAUCUAUGAGCUCGAUGAAGAAUCAAGAGGGAAGGAGAUGGAGUGGGCUUUGGUGAGGCUAGGGUGCCAGCCCUCAGUGCCAGCUGUCUUCAUCGGAGGCAAAUUCGUCGGCUCGGCCAACGCAGUCAUGACCCUUCAUCUCAAUGGCUCUCUAAAGAAGUUGCUAAAAGAUGCUGGGGCAUUAUGGCUUUAGAAACCCUAAAUGGAGCAUAUUAUGCAGUAAUCUUUGUGUGUCCCAAAUAAUUAAGGGUAACUCGUCACUUAUAUUUUCCUUUUAUCUUUCUCUUACAUCCA